UCCGUUUCCCCGUCGGCGCCUCCCGGCCAUGGCGGACUCCGAGGUGUGCGCCUUCAUCACCAAAGUGCUGUGCGCGCACGGCGGCCGCCUGCCCUUGGCGCGGCUGCUAGACCAGGUGCAGCUGCCCGAGGCGCAGCUCCGCGAGGUCCUGCGCGCCGCGGGCCCCGAGCGCUUCGUGCUGCUGGAGACGGGCGAGCCGGACGGCGUCACCCAGGCCGUGCUGGCCGCUGCCCGGGUGCGCAUCUGCCGGCGCAAGACCUGCCACCAGCCCUGCGGCAACCUGCAUCUUUGCAAGCAAAACCUGCUGGAGCGCUGCCGCUACUCGCAACGGAAUUUAUGUAAAUAUUCUCAUGAGAUUCUCUCUGCUGAUAACGAAGAGAUCUUGGCAGAACAUGGGCUGCUGGGACUGAACGAAAAGGAAUUGACUGUGCUCCUCAUCCAGAAUGAUCCAUUCUUUUUGCCUGAAAUAUGCAAAAGUUAUAAGGGAGAGAACCGGAAGCAGACCUGUCUACAGCAGCCACUGUGUGAACAGCUCCACAUAUGUGAGCACUUUACGCGGGGGAACUGUGGCUUCCCUAACUGUCUGAGAUCCCAUAACCUAAUGGACAGAAAGGUGCUGGCGGUCAUGAGGAAACACGGACUGAGCACAGAACUGGUGCAGAACAUUCAGGACAUUUGCAACAGUAAGCACAGCAGGAGGAGGCCAUCUUCAAGGAAAGGUGCUCCCAUCUAUCGAAGAGGGGGCCCCCCCAAAGGAAGAGACCAGAGCAGAGAGACACCCCGAGAAAGCUUCGGCAGCAUAGAGUUCCUAUCUUCGACCUUGCUCUCUGCACAGGGGUCCCGCACCCCAAGUCCUGACUCCCUGGGGUCUCCCCUAGAUGACGUGUCCAGUCUCAUUUCCCAGUUACAGAAUCUGGAGAGCCAGGAGGGCUCUCCUCCUGUUCUUGUCUACCCAAAAGCUGCAGGUGUGGGGGCACCGAAUUCAGCAAAAGGAAGCCAGCAGCAGCUGUUGAAGAAUGGGGGUCCACAUCCUGGUGUCUCUGAAGAUUCCAAUUCCUGUCACAUUUCUAAUGUGGACCCCAGGGUGAAGUGGAAGGGCCCAGAAUCCUGGCUGAAAGUACAGGCUCCCAAGGGAGAAGUUUUAUUUCCUCCUUCCUUUGACUCUAUUGUGCCUUCUGCUCCCAUCCUGAACCCCGAAACCUUUCAGGAUAUCUCCUUAGAAACAGAGAUCAGGAAGAAUAUAAGUGCCCAAGGGAAGCUGGUAGAUACCCGACAGGCCAAAGAUCGGCCUUUCACCAGAGAUUUCCACAACAUAGCCACAGGCUGCAGAGAGAGAGAGAAAGUAUCCCUGGUGAGUCCGAACCACAGGGCUUUACUGAAGAACCAGGGAAGUCUCUGCGACAUAGAGACCUUGCUCGAGGGACAUGGCCCGAAUGAGCCUCUUUCCCCCCUUCUGGGUGCACAUAACACAGAUGUCCCUGCUGCCACAGGACCUUUGCAUGACAAACUCAAGACCUUGGAAAAGAAGGUCAAUGAUUGGAUGCUAGACUCCCAAAGCCCAUUUCAUGCUAGGUCCCAGAUCUCCCACAGCACCACUGAUGAUGAUAAUCUUCACCUAGCAGCACUUAGUCCUGGAAUACCCAGAGAAAAAACACUCAAGACUCAACAGAGUAUUCACGCCCCAGUUGUGGACUUGGGAACCAAGGCCAAGGCCCCAAGUGGUCAAGCAGGUGGGCAUGGAGCCUACUUUGGCUCCAGCCCAGCAGUCAGAAAGGGGACAGAUGACUCAGGAGCCAGGACUGAGAAAAGAUGCUCUGCUCAACCCCAGAAGAAGGAAGGUUCCAUGGCAAAGGAUGACGACAAUAAGAAUAUAAUCUGUCUCAAUCACCUGCUUAAACAGUGCCCGUCUGCUCAAAACUGCCACAAAGUGCACUUCCAUCUGCCCUACCAGUGGCAGAUAUUUACCAGAGAUGCCUGGAAUGAACUGCAGCCUUUGGAGACAAUCGAGAAGAUGUUUUGUGACCCCCAGAAAUCUAUCUUUUCCAUCGGGAAUCGCACAAUCAAUUUUCAAGACAUGACUUGUAAUUCUGACUCCAUCCGUCGCAUUUCCACACUUUCAUCAGUCAGAUCAGUCAGCGCAAAGGAAUCGCUCUUUGCCACAAAGUGGAUCUGGUACUGGAGAAAUAAGACAGGUACAUGGAUUGAGUACGGGAAGCGAGACAAUCAGGGCUGUAAGGCUGCGAACGUUGAUUCCACUUACCUGGAAACCAUCUACUCCAGGUCUUCAAAAGACGUGGUGCUGACCUUUGUGGUGGGCCAACAGACUUACGAGCUGAAUUUACGAGCAAUGAUUCAGACCAACAUCAACACCAAAGCCCAAAAGAAAGUGCUCAGAAGACCGGUCUUUGUGUCUGCGUGGAAUGUGGAGCAGAAGAUAAGAGGGCUGGCCCCUUCACCCGUGAAGACCGUAUCAAAGUGUUUAGCCUCGGACUCUCUUCCCCAAGUGGACACCACCCCGGACUUGGAUCAGUAUAAGUUGUUAGAGCUUGAUAGCCAGGAUCCGGAGUAUGUCCAGGUGAGCAAGAAUUUUAAAGCUUCCAUGAAAAACUUCAAGAUUGACAAGAUACAGAAGAUCAGUAAUAGAAAGCUUAUGGAUGCCUAUUUAAGGAAGAAAAUGGAGAAGUCAUGGUUCCGGGAAGAAACCUUAUUUUGUACACCAUUACGCAGACAUUUGGCCUCAAUCUGUGCGAAUAAUUUUGACUAUACCUUAUCUGUAACUUCAAAUUGCAAAUAUGGAAUAGGAAAUUACUUCAUGAAAGAUGCCCUUCGUUCCCAUAAAGAGAACACGAAUGGCCCCAAGGUCAAUGUUAUGAUUGUUGCCCAGGUGCUGGUUGGAAAUUUUGUUCAGGGAAAUCCGAUUAUUAAGAGGCCUCCUUUGGGCUACGACAGCUGUGUGGAUACGGUGCAGAAUCCCUCUGUUUUUGUCAUCUUUGAGAGAGACCAGAUUUGUCCACAAUACGUGAUUGAAUAUUCUGAAGUCGAAAAACCUUGUGUCAUUUGUUAGAAACGCCACUCUGUUCCCUUGCAUCUGUAACCAAAAUUGCCCCCCAG